AUGUUUGUUGAUGCUCCCCCAGAGGAGGUUGAUGUGAGCGACACAGGCUUUGUGGCGGUCUGGUUGAAGCCGGAGAUAUUCAAGUGCUACAAAAAGUCUGGCGAGAUUACAAAAGGCGAAAUUUACUUCUCUUGGGGAUGGGGAGAUGAUCAAAGUCGUGGCAUCUCGCACAAAACUCGCGGGUUUGGAUCUGUUGUCACGGGCACGAUACGGGAUUUCCCGUCCGACACGCCGGACCUGCACAACGACAACGUCAGCAAAGCUGUUUGCGGAACUGUCAUCUGCUGGGAAGCAGACCAGAGCUCUUCUGAAUGGUGGGAUGAAUCAUUGAGGGAGAUAGAUAGACUACCUACCUAUCUAGCCUUGGUAAUUGCCUAG